AUGGAACCUAUUCUCAAAUAUUUUCUAUUGUUGAUGCAUCUUUAAAAAAACUUAUGCUAAGACAUAGUCAACUUUAAAUAACUCUACUACUAAAUUAUAAUCAUCUAUUAUCUAAGAAUAAUAAAUACAAUAGGAAUAGAAAUUAGAUUUAGAAAAUUAAGAGAUUAAACAAAAUAAUAGAAUAAAAAUAUUGAAUAAUUUAGAUAUAAUAAGGAAAGAGAAGAAUUUUAAUAUAUAUUAAUACCCAAGAUAUUACAAAUCUUCAAUUGAAUGUCUAGAAGACUACAAAACUAUUAUCUUAAUUGGUACAUAAAGUUCAGAAAAGUAAAAUCUAAUAAACUUAUUUAUCAAUUACUAUUACGGUGUUGAAUUUUUAGAUACUUAUAGAUUUGAAAUUGUUGAUGAUAUUGAUAUAACCAAAGAGAAACAAAAUGAUGAAUAUGAAUAAAUGAAAGUUUAUUACAUUAUUCCUUAAAAUGGAAAAUCCGGGCUUAAAAUUAUUUAUACUCCAGAUUAUAAUGAUGAUCUAUGUUAUGAUGAUCAAAACAAAUCAGAUAAAAUAUACAAUGUUAUCUCUAAUUCAAUCUAAUUAAAUCAAAACAUUUUAAUUGGUUUUGCUAAUUCUCAAUAAAUAUCAAUAGGUACAUUUUAUAUGUUGGAAUCUAUUUUAAGUAUAUUUCCAAGUAUUUUAAUAUCCAAAAUAGAAAUAAAUAUUAUAAUCUAAAGAAUAUAAUUCAUAGCAAUUAUAUUUAAAAUUUAAUUCAAUAUUAACUUCUAUAAAUCACAGUUAAUGGAGAUAUUAUGA